CUCGCCAAUUGCGCGGAAGAAUCCUCGUGCACCGGCCAUAUUGCAUCGAAUGAGUGCGUGAAUUAGACAAGGCUGAGUUAGCCAUAAAUAAAUCUUCCAACAUCUCAAAGUUGCGAAGACAUUUCCCAUAGUUUAUCAUCAUGGAGAAUUCCUACGGCAUUGGCGUUGCCAACAGGUACGCUCUUUUUCUUGACGACGAGUCCGAUCCGUUGGAAACGCUAUCGUUGAAAGAACAAGAAAAAGAACUGAAGAAAAAGACCAAAGUGGCCGAAAAGGAAAAUAAAGGAAAAACGGAACAAACUGCUAAACCUAAGACUACCACUGCUCAGAAAAAAUCUAUCAAAGAAACAAGUCACAAAGCUCAAGAUAAUAAAGAUUUCAAACCGACUCAGCCAAGGACUAACGCCGACGGAAAGCCUGAACGUACUUUCAAUAAGUUCAACAACAACAAUGAAAACCGCGAGGACAGGAAUAACAGGAGAAACCGCGACGACAGACCUUACAAUGGACCAUCUGAAAACAGGGUGCGAGAGGACAGACCGCCGAGACGCGACAUCGCCGACCGCGGCGACUUCGAGAACAGGAACAAGGAACGUCCGCCGAGGGAUGGCAGGGCCGUGGGCAACAAGCCGGGCGGUCCGCGCGGACCGAGACGCACCUUCGACGACAGGCGAGGCAAAAGGGAAUUCGACAGGCAAAGCGGAUCGGAUAAAACCCAUGGUUACAGAGGAGUUAAACCAGUCGACAAACGUGAAGGUGGCGGAUCGCAUAACUGGGGAUCUCACAAAGAUGUUAUUGAGGAAGCUGACAGGCCUAAUAAUGAAAACGAUCAAUCUUGGGGUGAAGGCGAGAAGGUAGAGGGAACGCAGCCAGAAGCCAAGGAUGAACAGGGAACCGAAGUCGAGAGCACGCCCGUCGAGGAGGAGCCGAAGGAGCUGACCCUGGACGAAUGGAAGGCCCAACGCGCAGGUCGCUCGAAGCCGACAUACAACAUCCGCAAGGCCGGCGAGGGCGAGGAUCCGAGCCAAUGGAAGAAGAUGUACGAGCUGAGAAAGAAGGAGGAGGACCAGGAGGAGUCCGAAGAUGAGGAGUACGACGCCUCCGAGUAUCCUCAGCGCGUCGGCAGACAGAAACACUUGCUCGACAUUGACAUCCAGUUCAACGACAACAGACGUCCGGGCGGCGGCAGAGGCAGGGGCCAGAGAACGGGACCGCGAGGCGCCGGCGGUCAGCGCGGCGGUAACGCGAGAGGCGGCGGCGCCGGCGGCAGACCGGAUCCCGAGAGGCCCGAGAGACGUUUCAGGAACGAAGAACAGGCUACUGGCGGCGAAGACAGAACUGAAAAUCGUAGAGCUCCCAAGGUCGACGAUGAACGCGAUUUCCCAUCACUCGGUUAGAAUAUAGUCAGUUAUUAAAAAAAGGGGUCAGCCGUAGCUUUGUUUUUGGGACAAUAUGGUUGGCAGUUGCAACACAAAAAAAAAUAUAUAAUGACAUUAAUUGAUUGAUCCUUCGUACCAAUGCAACGAUGCGAGUCCGGUAUUCGUGCGUUAAGUGCGUAAUAUUUUUUUCAUUAAUUUUUUGUUUAAUUUUCGUUUUUGUUGUAUCGGUAUGAAAACAAAUUGAAUCUGGUUUUUACUAGUCAGUGAUUUUUCUGCGUUAGUAAAAUGCAGCGUCGGUAUAUCGCCUCCAUCUGAUAGUCUAACGGUGGAUGACCGCAAUGACAUUUAAAUUGUAAUUAUGUAAAGGGGUGUCAUCGAAUUCGUAUAAUUUCACGUAAAAUUGGGCGAGUGUAAAAUAAUCUCAAGUCAGUCGUUGAAUUGGCAUUAAUUAUGUUCUGAAUUAUAGUGUAGUAUUAUUAAUUGAUUAACAAGUGCAGCAUAUUUGCUGUGUAACUCUUUAUACAUAUAUACUUUUUAUAUACCUUUUUAUUUUUUUAGUCAUCUUCGGUUAGACUAUGAGUGUUCCCCCCCCUUCUCUCUUUAUUCCACGAUCAUAUUUUAAAUUAGCCAUCUGUACCCAAUCAUUGAAAGCACGGUUUAAAAAGUGGCAUUUAUUUACAAUAGGUUGAGCUUAUGUUACGUACUGUAUCAACAUCAACUCCUUUGUAUAUUAAUCAUUUUGACUGUAUUGAAUUAAACUGACUAUGUACUUUUUAUAUAGACUCAGAUGUUAAAAUUGAAAUAAAUUAAAUAUUACUUUAUAAUCUGUUUUGCAUUUAAUUGGCCACAUUAUGCUGUUCUAGCAAAUAGGAUUGUAAAGUGUUUAUUCGAGUGGCUCAUGUGCCAACACACUUAUAAAUUUACGAGCUACUUGCUCUCGAUCGUCGUGUUCAAAUUUAAUAAUUAAUAAAAAAAAAUUGUAAGUGAGAAAUUUCCAUUGAUCGAUUAGAAGUUACACCGUUCGUUUUUUAUUGAAUACAUUUUUAUACCAUAGCCUUAAAGAAUUAGGGGAAUAACCACUUGGACUUCUUGUUCGUCUGUUAAUGUUACGCCUACAUUUCGUAAUUGAAGCCAUUAAUUUUUAACAAGUGUUUUUAUACAAUAGCCUUUACUUAUCGGUAUAGUCCAGUCUUUUUGGAUUAUAUAGGGCGGCUGUUGGUUGGAAGAUUUUGGGACGUUCACAAAAUGAAACAUAGAAAAUACCCCCUUGUAUUUAUCCAGUAAGAGUAGGUUUAAGGAGAUAAUAAAUGGAAUAUUAGUUUUAUUAGUACAUCCAGUUCUUCACGUUUUAUUUUGUACUUUUCAUUGAUGUAAUCAGGGUAAUUGUAAAAAAUUAUGGACUUUUUAUUUGUUAAUCGACGGUAGGAUACUUAUUUUGUAUAUUAUAGGUGUAUUAAUAAUUAGUUUAAUAAAAUUAAGGGUAACUCGGGGAAUCCGUUGAAGCAAGACGCUUUCCUCGCACGUUGAAGUCGAAGUUCUGGAUGUACUGAUUGCGCAGAUAGGUUCAUUGUUUUGGGGGGUAAAUCAGAUCUAGAAAACAGUUUUUAAAAUCGUUAUCCCUUGGUGCUAAAAGCUUGUUACAUUUAGUGACAAAAUAAUUUUAGUAGUUAAGUCUGCUUUUUAUUUUUUCAUCAAGUUCAAUAAUUACCUCACUUGUGAUUUUUUCCCGCUAUUUUUCACAAGUUUACUUAUUUUAGACAUAGGCUGAUCCUAUUAAAAUUUUUAUUUGAAGAGACCCAUUCAUCACAUCAUGAAAGUAUCUUGCUACAACAAUGUGAAAAGUCGGGGGAACUGUAACAAUUUAAUAAAUAAAACGGAUUGUAUGUUUUGA